GAAUUUCUCGAUUGUGGUGAUUUUACAUAAUUAUCAUACUGCCGUGCAGUAAAACAUAGUUGAAUGUUGAUGAGUUUGACGAAGUGAGUACUGACAAAUAAAUUCGUACAUACCAUUUGUAUCGAGUAAAUUUGAUAACUGAGAGCAAAUCACCAUGACAACAAUUGAUCAAAUUUUCAAAGUGGAACUUUCGUACUUUCGAAACACACAGAUAGUUUCAUUAGUAAGCUAUCUCAUGUCUUCUCACGUAAUCAGAGAAGGUUAUGCUUGUUCCUAUGAUCGAGCAAUAACAACAAAUGACACAGUAAGUUAUCAACGUUGUGAAUUAAACAGCUCAUCAACAAAUGAAAUAUUAAAUCAAGAGACUAUGAAUCGUGAAAAACAGGAAGCGGUAGGUUCACCAGACGAUAAAUUUUUGGCACGUUCACUGGUAAAUGACGUUACUCAAGAUGCAUUCAAAGUGGAACUUAGGAAAGACAAUGAAAUACUUCACUUAAGCAAUGAUCAGAAUAACAUUGAAUUAAAUUUAGCAGAAGAUGAAACAUAUGACUCUGAUGACUCUAAUGCAUAUGUGAGAAGACGUGUGGCAGAACUUAACUUGGAAUUAUCGAAGGAAAAAGAAUAUUUUGCUGAUAACUAUGAAAAAAAGACAGGACGUGUAAAUUUUCAUCCACAACUUUUUUAUUCACGGAUAAUAAGCCAGAAUAGUUGUGAGGACUUAAAUGAUUUCAGCGAAGACGAAAUAAACGAGUUGAAGAAUUUAAGUCAUGAUGAUGAUGAUACAAUGAAUAAGUCAAUUAUGAACGCAAAUCCAAGAUAUUCCCAACAGCGGACGUCUGUUAUACCAGGACCUGUUAAUAUCAGUGAGAAUAACUUGGGCGGAUAUGAGUCUCUCAUCUCAAAAGAAAGUAAUGUAGAGGAGGCCGACAAAAAUUUGAUUGACAAUACAAAUGUUACACAUACAGACGAAGUAAUAAGGACGAAGAAGUACCGAAAAACUCCAAUCAACGAGCGAGAUAACAAUAUUACUAAAAUAAUAACUAAGCAUGUAAGUAAUCAAAAAAAUGAAAGGACAUGUAAUUCUCAGUUUCAAAAUAACAAUGAUAAGCCGUUAACCGAGAAAGCGAAGGAGAAUUCUAUCCAAGUAAGUGAUAAAUUACAAGGUUAUUUGCAUUUAUCUGAAACAUUAGUAAAUUAGUAGUCGCAUACUGCUCACAACAGUCCUUUUUCGACUAAGUGUCAAGGUCAAAUGUGAUUACCACUUUGAGGUGUUUACUCUGGAGAUGAGUGGAGAAUUCGCAAAAGCCUUGUAAUCUUUAAUUUAAUCCUUGGUUUUUCGAUUACUAACUAAUUAGUAACUUAGUCUUAUCUUGGUUAUAUAUAUCCUAGAGUUGAAAAAGGUUAGGUGAUUUAUAGUUUCAAACAUUUCUGCAGCUGUUCUCUAAGUGGAAAACAAUGCUAAAGAAAGCUUCGAUUGAUCUAACACUGAUUAGCCGUCCGCCAUAAGUCAGUUUACCGUAGAUAAAUUUAAUGUUUCACUUCAUUUUUUCGAAAAUGGUAUAUUUAAACAAAGAAACUGUUUUCAAAAUACACUACUGAUUUUCUGAAUUCAUAAAGGUGUGGCAUCGACUUAAAUAUCAGGAAUACAUGGAAGUUAAGGUGGAGGAGAGGGAAAAACACAAAAGAGGACAUAUUCUAAAAAAAGGUUAAAUUCUGAUAACAAUAAAUGUAGUACAAUAUAUAUUUGAAAAAAUAAAUAGGGAAACCCUUAAAAUGAAUGUAUUCUUACACAAAACUCGUCUGAAUUUCCAUGAAAAUUAGAUUGCAGAUAAAAAAUCACGUGAUCAGAAAUUAUCAAACUGGUUAAGAGCUAAAGUUUUACAAAGAAAAAGUGAAGAGGAAAUGAGACGAUAUGAAAAUGAAGAACAACAACAUCUGAAUGUUGUGCAUUCCAGAGAGGCAUGUGAGCAGGCAUUUAAACAGUGGCUGAAGAGAAAAAAUCGUGAGGCGAAAGAACAAAAACGGAGGGCGAAAGAGCGGAUGAAAAUCACACAACAGUUAAUGAGAGGUAAUCAUGAUUGGCAACAGUUCAUGAAAAACAUCCGAAAAUUCGACGUAUUUAAGAUCCUACUUUGAGCGAAAAUAUUUAAUCUAUUACGUGUUGCACAAUGCAUGUGGUUUCGACAAGUCAAAGCGGAAAUCAUUUUCACGUUCAUUUUUACUGAGUACGCGUUCGAAAUGUUGAAAAUUAGGGUGAGAGUAUUCGAUAUGUUUUAUUGUAACACGAAAUAUGAAGUACUUUCUUAUUAACAGACUCGUCUUAUUUCAUUGUUUACCAAAAAAUGUUGAAUGUAAUGUAAGCCCAGUUGACGUAGCAAGCUAAAACUAUCAUUCAGGGAAG